GUAAAUUGUGAAAUAGCCCUAAAUCAAAAAGCGGAGGAAAAUCGAAGGCAAAUUGUUCGUCGUGAAAGAGUUACAGAAUUCGAAUCAAGAGGCUUGGCGAUUUAUUAAUCUCGGAAAAGAGAGAGAGAGGAAGGGAUGAAAGGAGUGGGAGGACCAUUGCUUUCAAUUGGAGAUCUUCUUGCCGAUCUCGUUGAAGAACCUGUUAUCUCAGCUCCACCAAAUCCUGAGAAUUAUUCCAAAUUAGAGACUGAUGCCAUCUCUGAACCACUGGAUCUAACCGGCCUCUUUCAGGACAACUAUGAUAAACUGAACAGUGCGUUUGCUGGUUCUGAUCACUCAUGGACCUCUCUUACUCUGGAGCUUUGCACUUCCUUGGAAACUGCAAACAAGUUGGUCCAUGCCACCACCACAAAUGCUAGAUUCUUGUCAGAGAAAGUGAGAGAACUCGAGAAAAUAGUGAAACAGGGAGAUUCAGCAGUGGCAGCUGCCAGAUCAGUUCACGCUACGGUUAACCAGAAAGGUUUACCCUCUUAGGACAACAUAACAGCAUAAAUUAAUGCUUUACUAAAGAACAAACCAACCGAGUGGGUUUUAUUUCUAUCUUUUUCAUAAAAUGAUAUUUGCUUUGUGUCUAGAUGUAUCCUGAAUGAUUAAGGAUAUGAAUGUACAAUCUCUUAACACUAUGUAAUUGCACGCAUAGUCAGUGGGCUAAUUGGCCACGCGUUACAAAAGAAAACCUAUCACAGAGGUCAGGGAAAUAAGUUCUGCUCUCUGUAAUAGUCGGCAAUUUGUUAAGAACUUAAGACUAAUCAAACUGCUAUUUCUGUUUGGUUUAACAGGUUCUCUGGUCAGCAAAUGUGACGAUAUGCGUUCUCUUAGCUUAUAUCCUGA